AACUCUUGACCUCUCUCUUGUCUCAUUCUUUCGUUCUCUGAACACUACAACCACCUCUCAAACAACCAACCAACAAACAAACUUUCUUGUUAUCCGACUUUGCAACCCGCCUUUUCUUUUUGCUUUAUCCAUCCACCAUGCAGAACAUUGUUGAUACCGUCAUGAACGCCUUCAGCGACAAGCAGCAAAUCAUUGACACCGUCAAGGAUACGUUUGACUUUCCUCCUGGGGAAGUUGAGAGCACUUUCAUGAAGGGACUUGAAAUUGUCAAUGUCACAAUCAUUGUAACAAUCAUCUUGGAGCUUUAUUCCCUUGACACAACCAAAAUCAUUUGGGCCAAGGACAAAUCCCUCUACCUGCAAGCUGUUGCCUUGAACUUUGUCAAUCACUAUCUCUACGGCAUUCCUGUGUACAUGGUGGCUGCAUUGUUCUUUGUUCGCAAAGUGGAUGAAGAAUACUCUGCCGCCUUUGUGGCUCUGCAAACCUUGGGAGUCAUGGCCGUCCACAGCUUGUGCUACUAUGAAAUGCACAAGACGUUCCACACUUUCCCCAAGCUCUACAAGUACCACAAGUUCCACCACCGCUUCCACACACAUGUGACUCCCAUGGUGGCCAAUGCUGUGGGAUUUGUGGAAUACAUGCUGGCCUAUGUGGUCCCCUUUGCAGUUGCUGGCGCCAUUGUCCGUCCCUAUGCAGACUGCCUCAUUUUGGCAGUCUACAUUACCUCUCUCACGAAUCUUUCAAUCCACACCCCCAAGAUUGAAGCUUGGUCCGAGAAAAACAUGCCUUCCUGGUUGGUAUCGACUCAUGAUCACUUGGAACAUCACAAAAAGUUGACUGUCCACUACGGUGCUCCCACUUUGAAUGUUGACUGGGCGGUGGCAAAGUUGAACGGCGGUGGCAGGAAGGUGCAGUAAGAUGCAUCGCAACCAAAAUAGAUGAAGAGAAGGAAGACUCAUCAAAACCAAAUAGAUCAAGAAAUUGAAAGUAGGAUUCACACAAGAAAAGAAAAGGCCCAAUGGAAUCAGUUGGAAAAGAGAAUGGCAGCAGACCGAUCCAGGAACUUGUAGAGUUGUCAGCAAGGCAAUAAAGUAAUACCUGUCUAGUUUUG